CGAGACUGAACAACUGGCCCCCGCUGCCGUCCUUCUGCCCGGUGAAGCCUUGCUUCUACCAAGACAUCCCCGUGGAGAUCCCUGCUGACUUCCAGAAGACUGUUUCUACCAUGUAUUACCUCUGGAUGGCCAGCACCAUUGCUCUCUUCCUGAACUUCUUGUCCUCGCUGGCCUGGUUCUGUGUGGAGCCCUCAUCCGGUUCUGGGUUUGGCCUCUCCAUUCUCUGGGCUCUCCUCUACACACCCUGCUCCUUUGUCUGCUGGUAUAGGCCGAUGUACAAAGCUUUCAGGAGUGACAGUUCCUUCAACUUCUUUGUCUUCUUCUUCGUCUUCUUUGCCCAGAACGUGAUGUACGUGCUGCAGGCCAUCGGCAUACCAAACUGGGGGUUCAGUGGCUGGAUACUGAGCCUGAUAGCGCUGCGGAAGAACACGGCCGUGGCUGUGAUGAUGAUCCUGGUGUCCCUGUUCUUCACAGCAGUGGCUGUGCUGGGCAUCAUCAUGCUGAAAAAGGUGAGCUUGGACUGGACGUUGGGCCCAGAGUGCCCCUUCGGGAGGAGGAGG